AUGCCAAGAUCUAAGCGUUCUAAGUUGGUUACUCUAGCUCAAACUGAUAAAAAAGGUAGAGAAAAUAAAGAAAGAAUCUUCGAUGAAAUUAGAGAAGCCUUGGAUACAUUCAAAUACGUUUGGGUUUUACAUUUAGAUGACGUUAGAACUCCAGUAUUACAAGAAAUUAGAAGUGCUUGGACUGGCUCAAAAUUAAUUUUAGGUAAGAGAAAAGUUUUGCAAAAAGCCUUAGGUACAAGAAGAGAAGAUGAAUAUAAGGAUAAUCUAUUUAGAUUAAGUCAAACAUGUAGCGGUGUCACGGGUCUAUUAUUUACUGAUGAAGAAGUUGAUACUGUCAAAGAUUAUUUUAAAUCAUACAGCCGUAAAGAUUUUUCAAGACCAAAUUCCAGAUCUCCAAUAACAUUUGAAUUACCUGCAGGUAUUAUAUAUUCUCGUGGUGGUCAAAUACCAAUUGAAGAUGAUUUACCAAUGGUCCAUUCCUUAGAACCAACUUUAAGAAAUAAAUUCGAAAUUCCAACAAAAAUUGUUAAGGGUAAGAUCACUAUUGAUUCUCCAUACAAGGUUUGUGAAAAGGGUGAAAAGUUGGAUGUCCGUAAAGCUCUAAUUUUAAAGCAAUUUGGUAUUGCUGAGUCCGAAUUUAAAGUUAAGGUUUCCAGCUUUUACAAUAAUGAUACCUCUGAAGUUAUCGAGGUUGAUAUUAAUAUCACUGAAGAAGAUUAA